AGUCUUCCACAGCCGCCCGGUUCCAACAUGGCCACGUCCGGUGACCUGAAAGUCUUCCUGGAGUCCUCUCUGAACGAGAUCUUCAGAGCCACAGUGAGCGACAUCCUGGACUCGGUGGACCGGACCCUGUGCGAGUAUCAGGGCACGAUACGGAGGAUCGAGUCCGAGAACGAGGGCCUGAAGCGGCUGCUGUUUGUACACAAGAGCCAGGAGUGUGCGUCCAAAGAACAAGAUGUCACAGACAAUACUUUAGAAAGGACCAGUCAUCCGAUCGUCUCCACUCAGGGCACGUUCAAAAUGUCCAUAUGCAGCAGUGACAAGAAGAGCUGCAGGAGGAAGCAAAAAGACAAGAUGAGGGAGAGCGUUUCGUCGGACUCCUUUUUUCUGCAGACAAAUCUUAAGGUAGAACACCCAUGUGUCAACACCUCAGAGGUAAGUACCCUGGUAUCUGUGAAAGAAGAGCCUGGCCUGGAAGAAAACUGUGCCAUUGACCUCUCACAGCCCUCGUCUCUUCUCAAUCUGACAAUGAGGCCCUUAAAAACCGAGAGCACAGGGGUCUCUUGUGACAAUCCAGAGGCAUAUGCACCUCUGCUGCCAUCUUCAGGCCCUGAACCAGACUCCAGAGGCAGUGACGGUGAGGUUAAAGUCACCAUUGUCUCUGACAGCUACAUGCAGGAUGGACCGUAUAUUAAGACAGAGGAGGAGGAGCAGAAUGGGGUGUUGCAGUAUAGUGACAAUGACAGUUUCCCUGAGCAGGAGCAUGUGUUGCAAUAUUACCCUGAAUUAAAUGCAGACCCAGAGGAAGCGAGCGGUCAGGUUGCAGAGCCAGAGGUUGCGACGCAGGAGGGCAGUGAUUCCUCCGCUGUUCCUGCAGAAGAGUUUGUGGAAAACUGCGACAACUUCUUGCGCUGCCCCAGCUGUCCCAAAACGUUUAGUCGCGCAGUCUCGCUUAAUGUCCACAUCAAGACUCACAGCAGUGAGAAGGUCCACAGCGGUGAGAAGGUCCACAGCUGCAGCUACUGCGGCAAACGCUUCGGCCGCGCCGACCUCCUCAAAUCCCACAAACGCACCCACACAGGAGAACGACCCUACUGCUGCAACAUCUGCAGCAAAACGUACGCCCACCCCAGUCAGCUCAGGAUACACAAACGCAUACACACUGGAGAGAAACCGUAUUGCUGCUCGCACUGUGGGAAGCGCUUUAACGAGCACAACCAGCUCAAAGUCCACUUGCGGACUCACACCGGGGAGAGGCCUUACAGCUGCCAGGAGUGCGGCAAAACAUUCAGCAAUGCAGGAAACCUGCGCAUACACGAGAGGAUCCACACCGGCGAGAAGCCGUACUGCUGUGCUCAGUGUGGGAAAAGGUUUAAUGGCUUGGGUGAUCUCAAAACGCAUUACAGGAUUCACACUGGAGAGAGGCCCUACAGCUGCGAGCUGUGUAAGAAGACGUUCAGCCAGGCGGGACACCUCACUAUACACAUGCGCAUGCACACAGGUGAGAGACCAUACAGCUGCAAUGAGUGCGGCAAGAAGUUCACAGUGGCCAGCAGCCUGAAACUGCACCAGAGGACGCACACGGGAGAGAAGGAGUACAGCUGCUCAUACUGCAGCAAGAGCUUCAGCAGGUCAGGACACCUGAAGAGACACGAGCUGGUCCACACCAAAGAGAAGGUCUUCCUCUGCAGCCAGUGUGGAAAGAGCUACACGGACCAGUCAUCCCUUAAAAAACACUUGAAGAUGCACGCGACCAAGGAGCAGAAGGCUCAGAGCGAAGGAAGCACCAGCGAGGCUGAGAUAAACAUAGUCUGACCUUCAGCCUCUGAGACACAUUCAGACACUGAUCGAAAUUGUAGCAGUUGAAUCAUAUAAAAGCUGCAAUACAAAAUGUACAUAGCAGCGUUUUACAAAGCUUUGAACCACAUCUCAAGAACUUCAUCAGCUACAUUUCACCCAGAGAUGAUGGUAGAGAACUACAUUCAGUAAAACAAUGACAACACUGGACAAGAAUGAAUAAACAGCUGAAACUGACAUCAGCUGUGUGACCAGUAACAGAUUCAUGAGUUUGAGACAUUAUCCGGCUCCAGGACAACACACUGCAGUUUCUUUUGUGCUGGAGCCUCUGCAGCCUCGCUAAGAUUAAUGGUGUUUCCUUCACACAGGGCUGCUGCACUUUUGCACCUGUAUAUUCAAACGGAAAGACUACUGCCCCUCGAACUGACACCAUGCCGUCAGACACAGUUUAUGUAGGUGAUGACAAUGGGACAUAUGUAUGUCAUACAAAAUUCCAUAGUCCGCUCUUUAAGUUGCAAUAUGAAACCAAAACUAAUGUAAACACAGUAAGACAUGAAUCUUGGUUCGGACUUGCAGAUGUGAAAACGCCUUAAAGCUGCUGAACAUUGUAUUUCUACCAUUAACCAUGUGAUCUUAUUUGCUGUGAUAACUUUGUUGUAAAAUUCUGACUGAGUACAAACUGUUGCAGGGGUUUGGCAUCUGAUAAACCUGCAAAACUCAUUUAUCUGUUACUCAAUCUCUACUUCCCAAAUGUCUUAUGCAGCCAAACUGGUACCUGUAAAAAUACCCCCCACCAGUGCAGCCCCCUGUAUUAACAGGACUGAAUAUUUAGUCAGCAAUACUAUAUAUUGACUUAUAUACAUUUGAUUGAUUAACUCCAAUAUUCUCCUUGUAGGCAGUUCUCACAGUGUAAGACACAGGCAGAAAACAGGACCCUGAAAUCCUGCUCUAUGUUACCAAAAUGUUGGUAGAUUAUGUGUUUAUAAAAUACUUUACAGGAAAGUAACUAUUAUUGAUUGAUUGGAAUGUCUAUCAAAUUGAUAAGGUGCUGAAAUGUUCCCACAGGGUUGAUUUUAAAAAAAACAAUUGUCUUAGAAGAUACAUCGACACACUUUGUAGCUACAAAACUUUGUAGCCCGAGAGUUAGAAAUUUGUUCUGCUCAGUGAUUUUAAAGUUAAUAUAACACUGUAUAUAGCUUUAACUAUACAGUCAGAGGUCUGAUCUAUUGACCUGACGAGAAUGUAUUUGUGUAAUACUGUUACUGCAGAUAAUCAGUAUCGAUUGACCAGCUUUCAGUAGUAACCUGUUUUGUAAGCAAUGCUGAUCUCAAACAAUGUCCAGCUUCUAGAUGAUUUUUCACUCUAAUAAUAAUACGAUGACAUAUAUGAAUAUUGUACAACUGACACAUGCAGGAGUAAAGUUUUAUGUUCAUGAUCAUAGACCGACUGUUUAUUGUGAUAACUGGUUGAUAUAACUGCAUAGCAAUGUACAUCAUAACUGACUGUUUGCUACUAGCAAUUUAUUGUGUGGUUUGUGUCUAAAUUAAAAAGAAACGU